GGGGAGGGCUUCUACUACGACGCCUAUUACGGUGAUGUGACAUUGAAUGAGGCGCACUUCGGACUCAUUCAAGCACAAGCUCGAAAGGCUGUUGAUGAAAAGCAGCCAUUUGAACGCAUUAAGGUCUCUAGGGUGGAAGCUCUUGAAAUGUUUGCUGAAAACCAAUUCAAGGUUGAAAUCAUCAAGGAAUUGCCCGAGGACUUGGCGAUCACAGUGUACAGGUGUGGUGAUUUGGUAGACCUCUGUCGUGGCCCGCACAUCCCGAAUACUUCCUUUGUCAAAGCCUUUGCCUGCACCAAUGCUUCGUCAUCAUACUGGAGAGGGAAAGCAGAGCGUGAGAGCCUGCAGAGAGUUUAUGGAGUUUCUUUUCCUGAUUCCAAACGCCUCAAAGAUUACAGCGAUAUGAUGGAGGAGGCUCAGAGAAGGGAUCAUAGGAAACUAGGGCAGAAGCAGGAGCUCUUCAUUUUCAAUCCAGUCAGUCCUGGAUGCUGCUUCUUCCUUCCACAUGGUGCUAGAAUACUUAACAAGUUGAAGACAUUUAUGCAGCAGGAGUACUGGGAGAGGGGCUACGAGGAGGUCGUGACCCCAAAUGUUUACAACAUGAGCCUGUGGGAGACCUCUGGGCAUGCUGCGAACUACAGGGAAAACAUGUUUGUUUUCGAGGUUGACGGGCAGGAGGUUGGUCUGAAGCCAAUGAACUGUCCUGGCCACUGCGAGAUCUUUCGCCACAGGACUCGUUCGUACAGAGAGCUGCCACUCCGCAUGGCGGAUUUCGGUGUGCUUCACAGGAACGAGGCUAGUGGUGCACUGACGGGCCUGACACGAGUUAGGAGGUUCGUGCAGGACGACGCUCAUAUCUUCUGCAGGGAGAGCCAGGUCAAGGAUGAGGUUGAGGGUGUCCUGAAGUUUAUCGAUGAUGUUUACAAAAUAUUUGGGUUUGAAUAUGAGCUGGAGUUAUCCACAAGGCCAGAAAACUAUUUAGGUGAUGUUGAAACCUGGAACAGGGCGGAGCAUCAGCUGAAAGAAGCCCUGACGGCGUCUGGGAAGCCAUGGAAGGUUAAUGAAGGGGAUGGCGCUUUCUAUGGCCCGAAAAUUGAUAUCGGCGUGUUCGAUGCCCUCAAAAGGAAGUUCCAGUGUGCGACUCUGCAGCUGGAUUUCCAGCUGCCCAUCAACUUCAAGCUGACCUAUGCCCCCGAAGAGCAAGGCAAGCUCGAGAGGCCCGUUAUGAUCCACAGGGCGAUCCUUGGAUCUUUUGAGAGGAUGGUCGCCAUUCUAUUGGAGCAUUACGGUGGUAAAUGGCCACUGUGGCUGAGUCCUCGCCAAGCUAUUGUCUGCCCUACCGCCCCUAAACCAGAAUCUGGGUAUAACAAGGAGGCUAUACUGGAGUAUGCAAAGGAGGUUCGUGGUAAGAUGCACAAAGCUGGGUUCUAUGUUGACGUCGACAUGACUGACGAAACAUUCAACAAGAAGGUGGCGCUGGCUCAGGCAGCCCAGUACAACUAUAUUCUUGCCGUGGGCCCAACGGAGGUGAAUUCUGGGGAGGUCACCAUUAGGGUGAGAGACAAAAAGGAUCAAGCACUAUCUACAGUUAGCGUUGAUGACGCCAUCAGGCGUUUUAGGGAAGAAGUGGCAGCAUUCCAAUGAUAUUUUUAGUUCGCAUUUCCCUUCUUUUUUCAUUUCCUAUUUAUAUUAAGCUUAGUGAACAAGUGUUUCUGGUGUUAGUGUAAUGACAAGAGUGGAUGUUAUGUGUGGAAGUU